AUGAAAUUUAUCAAUAAUUGUGCUGAAAUGAUCCAAACUGGAUUUUAAGAUUUAUCCAAUAUAUUUCUAUUUGGAUUGUUAAGCCACAUAUUUUAUAAGCCAACCAAAUUAUUAAAAACAUUGUAAAUUGAUAAACUGACCUAUUAAAAAUUCUAUGCUUUUUAUGAAUCGAAGAGUUCAGAAUAUCAUCAAAGUAAUAAAUAAGAAGAGGAGAAAAAAGAAAUCCUGAAAUCAGAGCAAUAAUUAAGAAAUAGAUUAAAAUAAUAAACUGGACUCACCACAAAAGAGAUUAACAAAAUCGUUAACAGAGUGUCAAAAAGUCCUGAGAAACUUAAUGUUGUCCAAAAAUGCAUAAUUGAUAAUAGCCAAGUUAGUAACAGUAAAGAAAAACAUAAAUAAGACUCUGAUGAGGAGUUGGAAAUCCCUUUUUCAAAGUAGAAAGCAACUUAAUGA